GGAGCCGCGGAGCCGCCAGGUGGGGACAUUGCAUAAGUCACUGGUUCGCGCUGAGGUGGCCGCACUGAGCCCGCAGUGCCGCGAGGCGAGCGGCCUGAGUGCCGACAGUCUGGCGCAAGCCGAGCCGCUGGACAAAGUGCUGCAGCAGGUGAGCGCCGGGGCCGGGGUGACUGAAGGCACAGCCGGGCCACAGGAACAUUUCUCUGCGGAAGAGGCGGCAGGAGGCGAGGCCUGGCGCGCCACAACCAACUGGCCCAGGCGGUAGGACGGGUUCCUGUUGUUUGAAACUUUCAGCGACUCCCUCGUGUGCGGGCCAUUCCUGGGGGGCGUCUUUUCAGACUUCUCAUUGAUCCACUCCUACUGAGGGGGUGGAGAUGGAGGCUGAGAGACCCCUCCCAGAGUACCCGGCAUGCCGGGGAACUACGCUGAGACGCCUCUGGGAACCUGCCUGGCCAGGUGUCCCUGAACAGCAGCAGGAAGAAGAAAGGGACAAGGGGCCCAGACUUGGCCAUAGGUCACUGUCCCUGCCGCUUGCGUCCUCGACCCACCCACCCGCCUGGGAGACGCUGGAGCGGGAGUGUAGGGCGGUGUCUGCCCCAGAGGCAGACGCCGCCAGGUGUAAGCUGCUCGUCCAGGCCUGUCCCGGCCGGCUGGCCAGGCGUGGGCGCUGUCCGGACCCCGCCUGGAGGCUACCUGCCUUCUGAGUGCAAAGGCCUGGGGUGCCUCCCUGCUCUGGUUGGAGUGGGAGGCGGUUCCCAUUGCUAUCUUCUUAUCUUCCCUAUGGCGUUCACCCUGUGCCUGACUCUUGAGUAGAAUGAGUGAAAGUGCCAAAGCCUUUAAUCUUCCAACAAUUCUGGUGGUUCCUGAUGAGGAAACAGAGACAUAAAGAUGUUGAAUCUGAAUCUGUUCCAGAAGCACUCCCAAACUAGGCCCCACUUGGAGAGUGUGCUGGGCUGCCUUGCUCUGCCAGGCUCAGAUUGUAAAGCUGGGGUUGGGGGAGGUUUUUGGGCCUGUGGUUAGUGCUUAUACCUGUUCUCCAGCAGGGACAGAGGAUGGGGGAGGGGCCGGGCAGCUUCCCAUUCUAAGAGCAAAUAGGUCAGUGCCAGCCAGUCGAUAUGGUCUGGGUCAAAGCUCAUGCUGCCCCUGGCGUCCAGGUGUGGAGCUCUGUCCUUGGAGUUUCUCUGCUCCUCGGUUGGUCAGACCUAGGGGCGGGGUUGCCAUUGACCAUGAGCAGGCUGGGCCUCAGGCAGGACUGGGCCUCCCCCACCUGUAUGAGUUAGUGCCUGGUCAGGGACAGGUUUAACCUGCUUUGCCCCACCCCUUCCCACCUGCUUGUCCCACUACACCAGGUGUUUGCUCUGGCCCCACUCCAGACUCCUGGAGUGUGUGUGAUGGGGGCUCGGGUGAUAUAGGACUGCCCCCUUUUGGCCUGGAGAAAGAUGACAGUGGACUGGGAGAGAAGGAAGACACUGAGCCAGGCCCAGCAGGUGUGGCCACCUCCUCCUCAGGCAGGAAAGGGCUGAACAUCUAGCUGAACCAGCUUUGCAAGCCUUCCCUCCCACCGCGCUGCCUAGCUGUGAGUCUGUCUGUCUCUUUCCCCACUCCCUAUUCCCAGUUCUCACAGCUGGUGAGCGGGGAUGUGGCUCUGCUGGGCGGGGGCCCCUACACGCUCUGUACUGAUGGGCAGCAGCUGCUUCGACAGGUCCUGCAUCCUGAAGCCUCCAGGAAGAGAGUUCCAUGUGCAGCACCCGAGCGCCCGCCCUGCCAGGGACCUCACCGUGGCUACCAUGGCACAGGACUUGGGACUGGAAACAGAUGCCACAGAGGAUGAUUUUGGGGUCUGGGAAGUGAAGACAAUGGUAGCUGUCAUCCUCUACCUGCUCGAAGGGCCCAGUGGUCAAUUGUUUUCGAAGCCCGAAGUGGUAAAGCAGAAAUAUGAGACAGGGCCUUGUAGCAAGGCUGACAUGGUGGACAGUGAGACUGUGGUUCGGGCCCGAGGGCUGCCCUGGCAGUCAUCAGACCAGGACGUGGCUAGAUUCUUCAAAGGGCUCAACAUCGCCAGGGGCGGUGUAGCACUGUGCCUGAACGCCCAGGGCCGCAGAAAUGGUGAGGCCCUCAUCCGCUUUGUGGACAGCGAGCAGAGGGACCUAGCACUGCAGAGACACAAGCACCACAUGGGUGUCCGCUAUAUCGAGGUGUAUAAAGCAACAGGAGAGGAGUUUGUAAAGAUCGCAGGGGGCACAUCACUAGAGGUGGCUCGUUUCCUGUCACGGGAAGACCAAGUGAUCCUGCGGCUGCGGGGACUGCCCUUCUCGGCUGGGCCGGCAGAUGUGCUAGGCUUCCUGGGGCCAGAGUGUCCAGUGACUGGGGGUGCUGAUGGGCUGCUCUUUGUACGCCACCCUGACGGCCGGCCCACUGGCGAUGCCUUUGCCCUCUUUGCCUGUGAGGAGCUGGCACAGGCUGCACUACGCAGGCAUAAGGGCAUGCUGGGUAAGCGAUACAUUGAACUCUUUCGGAGCACUGCAGCCGAGGUGCAGCAGGUCCUGAACCGCUAUGCAUCCAGCCCACUCCUUCCCACACUGACUGCUCCACUGCUGCCCAUCCCCUUCCCACUGGCCCCUGGAACUGGGAGAGAUUGUGUACGCCUCCGAGGCCUGCCCUACACAGCCACCAUCGAAGACAUCCUGAGCUUUCUGGGGGAGGCAGCAGCUGACAUUCGGCCCCAUGGUGUGCACAUGGUGCUCAACCAGCAGGGCCGGCCAUCGGGUGAUGCCUUCAUCCAGAUGACAUCAGCAGAGCGGGCCCUAGCUGCUGCUCAGCGUUGCCAUAAGAAAGCAAUGAAGGAACGUUAUGUGGAGGUGGUCCCCUGCUCCACAGAGGAGAUGAGCCGAGUGCUGAUGGGUGGCACCUUGGGCCGCAGUGGCAUGUCCCCUCCACCCUGCAAGCUGCCCUGCCUCUCACCGCCUGUCUACGCCACCUUCCAGGCCACCCCAACACUCAUUCCCACUGAGACGGCAGCUCUGUAUCCCUCUUCAGCACUGCUCCCGGCUGCUAGGGUGCCCGCUGCCCCCACCCCUGUUGCCUACUACCCAGGGCCAGCCACUCAACUCUACAUGAACUACACAGCUUACUACCCCAGCCCCCCAGUCUCUCCCACCACUGUGGGCUACCUCACCACACCCUCUGCUGCCUUGGCCUCUGCUCCCACCUCAGUGUUGUCUCAGCCAGGAGCCCUGGUCCGUAUGCAGGGUGUCCCAUACACAGCUGGUAUGAAGGAUCUGCUCAGCGUCUUCCAGGCCUACCAGCUAGCCCCUGAUGACUACACCAGUCUGAUGCCUGUUGGUGACCCACCUCGCACUGUGCUACAGGCCCCCAAAGAAUGGGUGUGUUUGUAGGUGAGGGAUCCAGGAGGUAAGAGCUGGCUGAUGUCCUCAGCUAAUAGGUCUCUCCUGCAUCCAGAGAACCAGGACCCUCAACCUGGUGGCUUCUUUCUGGCUUGUCAAAAUUCUCAGAAGGCACCAUGAGGAGCUCAAGCCCCAGCUCCAUUCCCCACUUAUUGCCCUACCUGUUUACCGCAAAGAUGAUGGCUGGACCCUGUAUGCAGGGCUUGGGGUGGAAUGGCGCUACCCUGCUCCCAGUGGUCUGAUCUGGGCCUCUUAGGUAGAACCCAGAGAGCCAUUGGUCUGUUCUGGCUAUGGCCCAUGCCCACAGAAUCUGUAGGGCUGAUGUCCACAGCAGGCUUGCUUUCUUUUUAAAAAUGUGAGCUCUGGUGCCUUCAAUGUAUGACUCCAGGGAGCUUCUGAGUAAAGAUCCCAAUGUUCUACCUUCCCCUGUCCUUUCUGGUGGGGGACAGGGAGGCAGAGAGUGCUGGCCCGAGCCCCCAUGGUACUUGGAUCUCGGUGGCCACAUUGUGCCAGAGAUGACCCCACCUGAGGAUGCUAGCCCUCCAGCUUGGCACAAGGAGUUAUCAGAUGGCAAAAUCACAGGCUGUUUUGAUGGACUGUACUGCAGUAUCCCCAGAGGACACUAGGGGGCAGGAGGCCCUCACGAAAAACUCAGGCUUGACUUACAGGGGAUUUUCUGCCUACUUUUCAUGCACACCUUGGGCAGGCCAGUUGUCCUCAACUCAGCAGACACCUUGGAAUGCCCUUUGCACUCAUUAGAGGGUGCAGAACUGAAGCUUCUGAAGGAAUGUGGAACUCUACCCUCUCCUCCGUAAAAUAAACAAAGGUUCCUAACUAAGUGGACUUUUUAAAAGCCAAAGUGCCCUUCACUUUGGCUCAGAGUGAGGGGCUCCACACCAGCCCCAGGCGGAGGAAAACUCAGGCAGAUUUCAAGAAGACUGUUGACCUGUCACCGUUUAUUAUUUCAGCACUGUAACUGAGGAGCCUGAAUUGCUGGCUCUUCUUCCCUUUGUAUUUGUGUAAGGAGCACUGUACUCCUAUAAAAGGUUUUAAAAUACAGACUGUACAA